AUGUCUCAAUCGAAACAUUUGAUCAUCGUUGGAGGUGGCAUUGCAGGUGUGACAUGUGCUCAAUCAUAUAACUACUUAAGACCAAACGAUAAAAUAACCAUUAUAUCUCAAUCACCAUUAUUAAAAUCAGUUUUCAAUGUAAAUAAGAUAUCUAAAACAUUGGAAGAAUUUCAAGUAAAGGAAUCAAAUGUAAACGAUCUAUUCAAUGGUGAAAAGAAUAAUAAUAUUGAAAUUGUUAUUUCUAGUGUAACAGCAAUCGAUACAGAUAAACAUAUUGUAUAUCUUGAUGAUAAUGUUGUUAAUUCAAAAUCAGAGUUGACUUUUGAUUAUCUUUGUAUAUGUAGUGGUGCAAGACCAAAUGUUAUAAAAAUAGAGAAUGUAGAAUUACAGAAAUAUAUUAUUGGUAUAAGAGAUACGGAGACUGUGAAGGAUCUAAAAGAAAGAUUGUUAGGUGCGAGAAGAGUGGUAAUCGUUGGUAACGGUGGAAUUGCACUGGAGUUAGUACAUGAAAUUUCGAUGUGUGAAGUGAUAUGGUCGAUCAAAGAUAACCACGUCGGUAAUGCAUUCUUUGAUAGUGACGCUGCAUCGUUUCUCUACGACUCCAAGCAUUUAGGUGAUGGUGGUGAUCAACAAACAAAAAAAGAUGAUAGUAGUCUUAAUUUAAUGAUUGUAGAUAGAUCUUUGAAUGGAGAAGAUCUACCGAUGUCUAAUCGAUCAUCGAUUGGUCCACAAUGGUAUUGUAAAUAUAAAUUUAUUGGUGGUGUAGAUGCUUCAAAGAUAAAGACAAACAACAAUGGAAGUGUCGAUAAUAUAGGUAUUGAAUAUGAAACAACAGUUGUUAAUCUUUUAGAAGGUGAUUCAGAGUAUCCUGUUUAUGUAUUGCUAUCGAACGGAAAGAAAUAUGGAUGUGAUUUUAUUGUUUCUGCAACUGGUGUAUUAACUAAUCAUGAUACUAUACGAACAAUACCAACAACCUCAGCAACUUCAACUUUGGAAUGUAGUAACGAUGGAUAUAUUGUAAAUGAAAAUAUGAUGACCAGUGUUAAUGAUGUUUUUGCAGCUGGCGAUGUUGCCGACCUUUCAAAGUGGCCGAACCUUUCACCACUCUGGUUCCAAAUGAAGUUGUGGAGUCAAGCAAGAACCAUGGGUCGUUACACAGCGCAGUGCAUAGCCAAACACACAGGAUUACCUUAUACCGACGAGAUAUCUACACGUUUCGAAUUCGAGAUAUUUGCACACGUGACCAGAUUCUUUAAUUUGAAAGUAGUAAUGCUUGGUUUAUAUAAUGGACAACAACAACAACAACAAUCAAGUAAACCAUUAACUAUUUAUCAUAAAGUAAAACCAGGUAAAUCAUAUAUAAAGAUAACAUUGAAUCAAGAAGGUAGAUUAAUAGGUGCAUUACUCAUUGGCGAGACCGACCUGGAAGAAACCUUUGAGAAUUUAAUGAUGAAUCAAAUCGAUCUAUCAAGAUUCGGUUCAGAUAUUUUAAAUUCCGAUGUAGAUAUAGAAGAUUAUUUCGAUUAA